AUGGGUAACAUCUAUCUUCGGGACAGUUUUUGGCCGAAGGAUUUGCGGAAUCUGGAAAGGCAACAAUUCAAUGAUCUCGAUAGCGAAGAUGGGGAUACAUACGACAAAGCGUACCAGAGGAUCGAGAAACUGAAUGAGAAGAAUGAUAAGAGAGCCAAGAAGAAAUUUAAAAUCGGCACUAUGUCCUUCGAUGAUGCUGAAGGUCUUAUCGCUAGCUACGUUGAAGGAUCACCUCCCAAAAAGGGUCGGACGCCGUACCGGAGUGAAGUCAAGUUCCCGCCGCUGACUCACGACACAAUUAAUCAGUAUAUAGGGAAAGCAUCUGUCAACCCGGACAAUAAAACAAAAGUUGGUGCGAUCGACCUCCUAGCAGAUAUGGAUUGCACGAAAGACAGAUUCUGGAAUCUUGACUAUCUUUUCGUUCCAAUUCACAACGAAAAUAUCGGAGAACAUGGAAAUUACUCCCUCUUGGGUAUACCACCAAAACAAAAGUACAUUUUUGCAAUUGAUAGCAUGACGCAGAUUGAUUACGAUAUCGGGACUUGGCCAAUGUCUGGGAUCUGGGAUAUCCUAGUCUCACAGCAGCGUAGGGCAGAACGAGCUGUAACGUUCCCGCUAUUUGGCCAAUGGGCAAGGAAAGAAAAUGAGAAGACGGAUGGGAGUCAGAACUGUGCUCGACAAGGUGAUUUGUACAACUACGGGGUGUUUACAGUUACAAAUGCUCUGUGUCUGGGAUUUGGUUUCGAUCUGAUGUGCUACAGCAAUAGUGAUUUAAAUCCUAACAAGAGACCAAGGAUGUUCGCAGAGCUCGCAAAUGGAAUGAGAUCUGGCGACAAUAUUGAAACUGGAUUUGUGGGCAAGUACGCCUACGAUAUGUUAGACACACCAGUGAAACCGCUGCGCAAUACGCGAAAUGGGGAGACAAAGGAGGAUGGGGAAGAACCAGAAGAGGACAUAUUAUCAGAAAAUGACAAAUCGUCAGAAAAUGACACAUCGUCAGAAAAUGACACACAUCGUCAGAACGGGACAUAUCUUCAGAAGACGACCUAG